UCAACAGCCUGGUACAAGUACGGGGGAAAUCGAAGCGGUUUCUUUAAUUUUGUUUUAAGACCAAGGUCAAAACUAGCGUCAAUGUCUUUGAUCCGAGUUGGUCACCACGGUCGUGCUACUGCUCGCAAGAAAAGAGCCACUGCCAGGAAACCUGCAUGGGAUAGUACGAUACAUGAUCUGUCGGUAUACAAAGCAACAAGAGAAGAAAUGGUUGCUCGUACCAUGAGACAUCAGUCUAAAAACCACAUGGCUGUCAAACUGGAGAAGAUGAGGAAAGAACAAGCGAGAAAAGACAACACAAUGUCUCCCGCUGAUGUACGCAAGAUGGCCAUCAUGAAAGAAAUCCUUUAUGACCAGAGUCAGCUUGAAGAAGCCCUGUCUAAGUCGGAUCGAAUGAUGUCGGUGGUGAAGGAUCUGUUUGGAGACGAUCCAAAGAGGUAUACUGGCUUUCCCAAUGUGACAUCUGUACCAGCUGGGUUAGCAGAUCAAAGCAAGUCCAGUGUUGUGCCGCCUGUACCUGAGAUCUACACCCGGAUGGAUGCUCUCAGUGACACGGUUACCAACACCACGGCACUCAAUGAAUGUCACAGCUCGGAAUCAGAUGAAGAUGGUGAAGAAGUGUCUGUUCGUGAACCUAUCGUCUAUGAACCCAAGAUGAACCUGGCGCGGUUCCAGCAAUUCCUGGCCUCAGAGGAGGAGAGGAACCGGACAGUCAGUUCCAUCAGUGGUCCCAAUCAAGCGAGUCGCCUUGACGUCGGUCCUGUUCACAGCACUCGUCUCCAGGACAGUCGCGGGCUGCACAGCACACAUGAUGGAAGUGGAUUUGAAACGCCCAAGAGAGAACAUAAUGAAUCGAUUGAGAUGUUACGCACUCCCCAUUCAGCAAUCAAUGACACGAAAAGGGUGAAGAAAACAAAGAAACGAACCUCACCUCAAAAGAGUUCCAUUAGUGGAAGCAGUACUAUGCAGUUCACGGACUUCCGAAAGGUUUUGCUAAGCCUGCAGGAGGAGAUAGCCGAGUUUGAGAGGCAGACGGGCCGCUGUGCGCCUGCGGAGCAGCAGAGGUCGGACUCGCUGUCUGGAUACACUGUAGCCCUCGUUGAUGCUGUCACCAAACUCGCCAGAUACCUCAGACAGACUGACCUUCAACUACAGGGUGAGAUUGCUGUCCGGGAAACGCUGAGUCAGGACAUGUUGCAGUUCAGAACCAUCGUGGAUUCUCUUACCACGGAUUUGAUUCUCACUCAAGAAGAAUAUGCAAAGCUUGUUGGUGAAUUCGACAGACAUCGCUGUGCCACAACAAAUGAGAUGGCUGCCUUAUGGCAAGAAGUACAAGAGCUGAAACAUGUGAGCCCUGGACCUCCACCAGUGACUGCCGCACAGAAACCAUCACCAGAACAAUGUCACCUGUCACAAGGUAGGUUGAAACAUGUGAGCCCUGGACCUCCACCAGUGACUGCCGCACAGAAACCAUCACCAGAACAAUGUCACCUGUCACAAGGUAGGCUGAAACAUGUGAGCCCUGGACCUCCACCAGUGACUGCCGCACAGAAACCAUCACCAGAACAAUGUCACCUGUCACAAGGUAGGUUGAAACAUGUGAGCCCUGGACCUCCACCAGUGACUGCCGCACAGAAACCAUCACCAGAACAAUGUCACCUGUCACAAGGUAGGUUGAAACAUGUGAGCCCUGGACCUCCACCAGUGACUGCCGCACAGAAACCAUCACCAGAACAAUGUCACCUGUCACAAGGUAGGUUGAAACAUGUGAGCCCUGGACCUCCACCAGUGACUGCCGCACAGAAACCAUCACCAGAACAAUGUCACCUGUCACAAGGUAGGUUGAAACAUGUGAGCCCUGGACCUCCACCAGUGACUGCCGCACAGAAACCAUCACCAGAACAAUGUCACCUGUCACAAGGUAGGCUGAAACAUGUGAGCCCUGGACCUCCACCAGUGACUGCCGCACAGAAACCAUCACCAGAACAAUGUCACCUGUCACAAGGUAGGCUGAAACAUGUGAGCCCUGGACCUCCACCAGUGACUGCCGCACAGAAACCAUCACCAGAACAAUGUCACCUGUCACAAGGUAGGUUGAAACAUGUGAGCCCUGGACCUCCACCAGUGACUGCCGCACAGAAACCAUCACCAGAACAAUGUCACCUGUCACAAGGUAGGUUGAAACAUGUGAGCCCUGGACCUCCACCAGUGACUGCCGCACAGAAACCAUCACCAGAACAAUGUCACCUGUCACAAGGUAGGCUGAAACAUGUGAGCCCUGGACCUCCACCAGUGACUGCCGCACAGAAACCAUCACCAGAACAAUGUCACCUGUCACAAGGUAGGUUGAAACAUGUGAGCCCUGGACCUCCACCAGUGACUGCCGCACAGAAACCAUCACCAGAACAAUGUCACCUGUCACAAGGUAGGCUGAAACAUGUGAGCCCUGGACCUCCACCAGUGACUGCCGCACAGAAACCAUCACCAGAACAAUGUCACCUGUCACAAGGUAGGCUGAAACAUGUGAGCCCUGGACCUCCACCAGUGACUGCCGCACAGAAACCAUCACCAGAACAAUGUCACCUGUCACAAGGUAGGUUGAAACAUGUGAGCCCUGGACCUCCACCAGUGACUGCCGCACAGAAACCAUCACCAGAACAAUGUCACCUGUCACAAGGUAGGUUGAAACAUGUGAGCCCUGGACCUCCACCAGUGACUGCCGCACAGAAACCAUCACCAGAACAAUGUCACCUGUCACAAGGUAGGCUGAAACAUGUGAGCCCUGGACCUCCACCAGUGACUGCCGCACAGAAACCAUCACCAGAACAAUGUCACCUGUCACAAGGUAGGUUGAAACAUGUGAGCCCUGGACCUCCACCAGUGACUGCCGCACAGAAACCAUCACCAGAACAAUGUCACCUGUCACAAGGUAGGUUGAAACAUGUGAGCCCUGGACCUCCACCAGUGACUGCCGCACAGAAACCAUCACCAGAACAAUGUCACCUGUCACAAGGUAGGUUGAAACAUGUGAGCCCUGGACCUCCACCAGUGACUGCCGCACAGAAACCAUCACCAGAACAAUGUCACCUGUCACAAGGUAGGCUGAAACAUGUGAGCCCUGGACCUCCACCAGUGACUGCCGCACAGAAACCAUCACCAGAACAAUGUCACCUGUCACAAGGUAGGUUGAAACAUGUGAGCCCUGGACCUCCACCAGUGACUGCCGCACAGAAACCAUCACCAGAACAAUGUCACCUGUCACAAGGUAGGUUGAAACAUGUGAGCCCUGGACCUCCACCAGUGACUGCCGCACAGAAACCAUCACCAGAACAAUGUCACCUGUCACAAGGUAGGUUGAAACAUGUGAGCCCUGGACCUCCACCAGUGACUGCCGCACAGAAACCAUCACCAGAACAAUGUCACCUGUCACAAGGUAGGCUGAAACAUGUGAGCCCUGGACCUCCACCAGUGACUGCCGCACAGAAACCAUCACCAGAACAAUGUCACCUGUCACAAGGUAGGUUGAAACAUGUGAGCCCUGGACCUCCACCAGUGACUGCCGCACAGAAACCAUCACCAGAACAAUGUCACCUGUCACAAGGUAGGCUGAAACAUGUGAGCCCUGGACCUCCACCAGUGACUGCCGCACAGAAACCAUCACCAGAACAAUGUCACCUGUCACAAGGUAGGCUGAAACAUGUGAGCCCUGGACCUCCACCAGUGACUGCCGCACAGAAACCAUCACCAGAACAAUGUCACCUGUCACAAGGUAGGUUGAAACAUGUGAGCCCUGGACCUCCACCAGUGACUGCCGCACAGAAACCAUCACCAGAACAAUGUCACCUGUCACAAGGUAGGUUGAAACAUGUGAGCCCUGGACCUCCACCAGUGACUGCCGCACAGAAACCAUCACCAGAACAAUGUCACCUGUCACAAGGUAGGUUGAAACAUGUGAGCCCUGGACCUCCACCAGUGACUGCCGCACAGAAACCAUCACCAGAACAAUGUCACCUGUCACAAGGUAGGCUGAAACAUGUGAGCCCUGGACCUCCACCAGUGACUGCCGCACAGAAACCAUCACCAGAACAAUGUCACCUGUCACAAGGUAGGUUGAAACAUGUGAGCCCUGGACCUCCACCAGUGACUGCCGCACAGAAACCAUCACCAGAACAAUGUCACCUGUCACAAGGUAGGUUGAAACAUGUGAGCCCUGGACCUCCACCAGUGACUGCCGCACAGAAACCAUCACCAGAACAAUGUCACCUGUCACAAGGUAGGCUGAAACAUGUGAGCCCUGGACCUCCACCAGUGACUGCCGCACAGAAACCAUCACCAGAACAAUGUCACCUGUCACAAGGUAGGCUGAAACAUGUGAGCCCUGGACCUCCACCAGUGACUGCCGCACAGAAACCAUCACCAGAACAAUGUCACCUGUCACAAGGUAGGCUGAAACAUGUGAGCCCUGGACCUCCACCAGUGACUGCCGCACAGAAACCAUCACCAGAACAAUGUCACCUGUCACAAGGUAGGCUGAAACAUGUGAGCCCUGGACCUCCACCAGUGACUGCCGCACAGAAACCAUCACCAGAACAAUGUCACCUGUCACAAGGUAGGUUGAAACAUGUGAGCCCUGGACCUCCACCAGUGACUGCCGCACAGAAACCAUCACCAGAACAAUGUCACCUGUCACAAGGUAGGUUGAAACAUGUGAGCCCUGGACCUCCACCAGUGACUGCCGCACAGAAACCAUCACCAGAACAAUGUCACCUGUCACAAGGUAGGCUGAAACAUGUGAGCCCUGGACCUCCACCAGUGACUGCCGCACAGAAACCAUCACCAGAACAAUGUCACCUGUCACAAGGUAGGCUGAAACAUGUGAGCCCUGGACCUCCACCAGUGACUGCCGCACAGAAACCAUCACCAGAACAAUGUCACCUGUCACAAGGUGAUGAGGGAUGUGGCGAUCUUGUGAGUCAUAACGCCAGCUUGACGCGUGAACACCUCCAGUCCCCGGCCCCGUUGGCUGUUCUGCUUUCUCCGGUGGUGAGGAAAACACGGCUGCCUGAAGCUGCUCAACCUGGGGCCACAUUGCAGAGGAGGCAGACUUCCUUAAUUGACAUUUCGAGCCUUGCUGAAAGAGGCUCCCAGCAGCAUUACACCACAAGACCAGUGACACAGUCUCAGUCUUUGAUUGCUGCUGCCUCUGUCACAGUGCCACGCCCACAACCUCUGGUUCAGUGUAAUGUCAGUGAGGCCUGGAAUGAGGUUGGUGGUGCACAAAACACGACUCAGACAGCGACAAUGAGAAACACGGAGGCAAAUGACUUGAUGCAGUCUAGUCUUUCUUCAACAUCCACUUACCAAAGUCUGCCUGUUGCCGGAACAAACAGAAAUAUUGCCUCUCAGAUUGCCGAGUUGAAUAAACAGCACGAAGCGGCUCAGAAAAGAAUUGAGUUGUUGCAGAAAGGACAUUAUUCACAACAGCAACAAGUGCUACAACAGCAGACGGAGCAAGUGAGACAGCAGCAACAACAGGUGCAACGGCAGCAGGAGGAGUUAAUGAAACGACAGCAGGAGGAGCUAGUAAAACGACAGCAGCACAUUCAAGAGACACAACAACAUCAAGAGCAGCAGCAACAGAUAUUGCGGCAGCAACAAGUUCAACAUCAUCAACAGCUUCCACAACAUCAUAUGCCGAUGCCACAGCCUCAGCAAAAGAUUUAUGAAAUGCAAACACAGGGCCAAAGGUCACAGUCUUCAUAUCAUCAACAACAACAGCCAGUAGGUCAAAGGUAUCCUAUUAAUCAGCAGCAGCAGCAGCAACAACAACAACAACCACAGAGAGCACAUGGGCAUCAGUAUUAUUCUGGACAACAUGAACAGCCGAACCAAGUUGAGAUUAACUUGAAACCGGCAUCUGUAUCGGUGACGUCUCACGGUGUUGAUUCGGGGCAGCAGACAAAUACGCAACCGAGCUACUACAACGAGAAUCUGGCUCAUACUAAUGGAAUUUCUCCACCAAUAUCUCCAAUAUCCUUAAGAUCUGAUGGCUUAAGUCAAUUCCAGCGAUACAAGCAGGUUCCUGGAAGGGGUAUUACAGUCUCCAUUCCUACAGGCGACCUUGAGAUGUCUGGGGGCAGUUUGCCCUCUCCGAGAAUGGUUGUCUCCCAGCAAUGACACACUGCAGGCGUAUGUCAUGCCAAAACCAAAACCUGUCAGCUACAGAAUGGACAAGUUAAUGAACAUCUAGACCUGUAAUUGUCUGAUUGACUACAGAGCCCACUCACAGAGGCAGCAGAAGAUGCCAGCAGUUGGAGGGGCCAACACAUAUUCUGACCAGAACUGGGAGACGCAGUGCUCCCCCCUCUGUCCCCACUUCCAGUGCCUUGGCUUACGUAAACAAGGGCCAAAUCAGUACUGUUUCGUUAUACAUAUGUAUGAGGGAUUUUGUGAUUUUCCAUACACAUCACUUAAUAUAUGUAGUCUAUACAGUCAAGAAUGAUCUGAUGGCCACCUGUUUAUAAAAGCUAUCUGUCCAUAAUAGCCACUCUAAACACACCCAGUGCCUUUGAUUCAUUAUUUGACCUGUAUAUAACAGCCACCUGUUAAUGCAGCCAGUGGCUACUAUUUUUUUUAACCAAAAUUAAUAAUGGCUAAACCUAUGAUGGUCAUUAGAUACACUGACUAAGCAAUUUGUUUGUAUAUAGUAAACGUUCUACUCAAAAUACAAUUUUAUAGUUUG